AUGCGUUUACUGUCGGCGAUCGCAUAUGACUUGCGACUCGGUACGACCCGUCUGAGCUCUACCCUCCAGCGCAUUCCUGUGAAACGUGGAGUGCAAUUACCCUUCGAAGAUCUAGUUGCUGACGGUUGUUGCUUUGCGGGAAAUGUAGGAGCGACCCUAAACGUCGACGGCCCAGAAGCUGCAGGUCAGCAAAUGCUACCCGACGGGUCCAUCGGCCUACCCACCGCUUCUGUAACUUCUGUGCAGCAGCCAGGCAACAUGGCUUCUUCUGGCCAGGGUCUUAAUGCUCAACAGCAAAUGAUUGGGUACAACGAAUGGCUUGGUGGACAAAGCCAAUUCCAGGACAUGCACACGUUUCACCCUUCAUACAUGUUCAAUGCACCAGAGGUCACCAACGAGUACAACCUCCUUGGUGACUUUCUGAGCAAUAGCCUUUUGGACGAUGGAGGUGUGUUCCAGAAUGAUGAGCUGCAGGGUAUUUACUCGGAUCCGUCGUUACUCAAUUCUAUGGCGACUCUGGGAAACUCAAGUCAAAGCCUUCUUCAGCAGUCUCAACCUGCGCAACCCCAACCUAAUCAACAGGCUCAAGGUGAACCUUUACAAGGGCCUGCACCUGCAGUGAGCAAUGACAAGGCGAGAGAGACCUAUUACAUGACCGCAGCAGAUCCAUCAGGGUCCGACCCGCCAGAGGAGCGGAUGAACAAGCUUCUUAAAGCGAAGUACGACGCGGGACUCCUUCGCCCAUUCAACUACGUGAAGGGUUAUGCCAGGCUCAAUCAAUAUAUGGAGCGACACUUGCAACAAGCCUCGCGGCAGAAGAUCCUCCGACAAUUAGAUAAAUUUCGGCCGAAGUUCCGUGAGCGAAUGCAGAGCCUGACCGACAUUGAACUCAUCCUCGUGGAGAUGUGGUUUGAACGAAGCCUGAUGGAAUAUGAUCGAGUUUUUGCUAGUAUGGCUAUUCCGGCUUGUUGCUGGAGACGAACGGGUGAAAUAUUCCGUGGCAAUAAAGAAAUGGCAGAGUUGAUCGGCGUACCGAUUGAGACUCUCCGAGACGGAAAGCUUGCAAUCCACGAGAUCAUCGUGGAAGACCAGCUAGUGAGCUACUGGGAGAAGUUCGGAGCUAUUGCUUUUGACAACACGCAAAAAGCCAUGCUCACAAGCUGCACCCUGAAAAACCCCAAUUCCAACUCCCCUGGAGAUGGAAUCCCCUGUUGCUUCUCGUUUACAAUCCGAAGAGAUACCCAUAACAUCCCAUCACUCAUUAUUGGGAAUUUUCUGCCGUCACAGCGAAAGGCCAAAUAA